AUGGCUACCAAGGCCCCCGCGUUCGCAAAUAAGAGAAAGGAUGUCUCAGGCGGCAAAGAAAAAUUUGAUGGCAAGAACAAGAAGCCUCGAUUGGAAGAUAAAUCGAAUGGCAAGCCGUCUGGAUCAGAGCAAACCUCCCGCGAGUCUCAUGCGAAGCAAAAGCAGCUUGCUCUAGAGCGAAAAGCUGCCAAGCCCCUCGCUGAUGAAGUUCAGCGAACCAAGAAGAUCUGGGAACGACUGCGCAUCAAGUCCCAGGUUCCCAAAGAUGAGCGACAGAAGCUUGUGACCGAAUUAUAUGGCAUCAUUACAGGUCGCGUCCGAGACUUUGUUCUGAAGCAUGACGCAGUCCGAGCAGUUCAAACAGCCAUCAAAUAUUCCACCCCAGAACAGCGAAAACAGAUUGCUCUAGAGCUUCAGGGCACCUAUACGCAACUUGCUGAGGGACGGUAUGCCAAAUUCCUUAUCGGAAAGCUUCUGGUCCACAACGACGAUGAAAUUCGCGACAUCAUUAUACCCAAUUUCUACGGCAAAGUUCGAAAGCUCAUCAAUCACUCCGAAGCCUCAUGGAUUUUGGAUGAUGUCUACCGGACGGUCGCCACAAAGGAGCAGAAGGCUCUUCUACUUCGCGAAUGGUACGGACCCGAGUUUGCCAUUAAGGAAUUGACAAAGGAUAUCAAGGCCACUUCCGACCUGAAACAAAUCCUUGCAGAUGAGCCAGCCAAACGAGCUCCAGUUAUGAAGAGCCUGUUGGAGCUUAUCAACACACUUGUUCAAAAGGGAAUGACCGGUUUCACAAUGCUACACGAUGCCAUGCUACAAUACUUUACAAAUACACAGCCAGGAACUGAGGAGUUUAAUGAGUUUGUGGAGCUGGUCAAGGGCGAUGAGACCAGCGAUUUGCUCAAGAACCUUGCAUUCACGCGCUCCGGUGCAAAGCUCGCUUGCCUUCUGCUGGCGUACGGUUCAGCCAAAGAUCGCAAGACGCUACUGAAAGCAUACAAGGACACUAUCCAGCUGAUGUCUGGAGAUCAAUACGGUCACAUUGUCAUCCUCACAGCUUUCGAUGUCAUUGAUGACACCAAGCUGACCUCGAAGACCAUUUUUCCAGAGCUCUUGGGAGAGAAGGAGGAGGAGAUGGCCCAGAAUGUUGUGGCGGCUGCCAACAAUCCGAAUGCCAGAAUUACCCUCCUCUACCUCCUCGAAGGAUUUUCCAAGUCGCUGUUCCCGACCAGCCACGCUUACGAUCUGGAGGUGUUGAAGGAGGUUCAUGAGAUCCGCAAGACUACAAGCAAGAAGGAAGAUGAUAACAGACGCAAAGAGCUUGCUGCGUUGAUAUCGCCAUCCUUGAUAGCCGCCAUUGAGGCCUCGCCUUCUGACCUCACAGCUUCCCCAUUCGGUAGCCAGUUUGUCGCGGAUGUCUUCCUUUCCGGAAUCGGAGAGAAGCAGAAAGCGCUCGAAGCGCUCGCCCAGUCAGUUAGCGGCAGCCCGAAGCAGGAGCCCGCAGAAGAUGAGAUCGCUACUCGGCCACACAUUGCCAACACGCCUUUUGGUGGACGAAUGCUCAAGUCCCUUAUUCAAGGUGGCCGAUUCGACAAGGCUGCUGGCAAAGUGAAGCUGAUUGACCCGCCAUUGGGCUUUGCCAACAUUCUGUACCCCGUCAUUAAGGAUUCUAUCAUGGAUUGGGCUACUGGACCGAGUUCAUUCGUCGUGGUAGCUUUGCUCGAGAGCGAAGAGUUUACCAGUGGAGAAGAGUUGAAGAAGACGCUGAAGAAGAACAAGAAGCUGCUACAAAAGGCGGCUGAAGAACCUACUGCGGAGCAAAAGGCCGCAAAGGAGGCCGCGGAAGGCAGCGAGACCGCGAAGAAGGGCAAGAAGACGGAGGCUCCCGUAGGCAACAAGGGUAGCAAGCUGCUAUUAGAGAAGCUGUGA